GUUGGUAUUGCUUUUAGGUGUAACUACGGAUUUUUGUGUUUUCUCUCAUGUAUAGUUUUUAUGUUUUAUUUUUUAUUUAUUUCAUGGUUCUGUCUUUCUGCAUUCUACACCAUGGCACUACAUGUAUUCUGUGCAUGGAGAGACUUUCCUUUGCCAUUCGUUUUACUGUCUCUUAGUAUUCUUUUUCUUUUUAAGCAAAAUAUGUAUGAAUGUAUACCAGAAAAGUAUGAUUGAUCUAUUCCAUUUUCAUAUAUUCGCAAACCAGUUGUAUUCUGCUAGUCAGUUACUUUGUACUCUUGUAGGUAUUGUGUGGCUGGAACGAUAGGUCAUAAAUUAAUGUCAGAUAAGCGGGCCAAAGUUGAUCUGGAUGCUAAUACAAGAAUAGAUGUGCGAUGCCAGGUUCAUCAAUUAGCUUUUAGUCCUCACACUGAUUCUAAAGGGAUAAUGGAUCUUGUAAAUUUUCUCACCCCCAAGCACGUUAUUCUAGUGCAUGGAGAGAAGCAUAAGAUGGCUUCCCUUAAAGAAAAGAUUCAUUCUGAAUUUGGGAUUCAAUGUUAUGAUCCUGCAAACAAUGAAACCAUAUGCAUUUCUUCAACUCACUCUGUAAAUGCAGAAGCCUCAGACACUUUCAUUCGAAGCUGCUUGAGUCCAAACUUCACAUUUCAGAAAUGUAGUUCUGCGGACGCAUGUAACUCUACUACGAUAGGCAAGAGCUUAAUGCCUAUGGUCCAAGUUGAAGAUGAAAGGGUAUCAGAGGGAGUUUUUUUUGUGGAGAAGGGUAAAAAGCCAAAGAUUGUACACAAGGACGAACUUUUGCUUAUGUUGGAAGAACAUAAGCACGAUACAAUGAGCGGGACGUUCUGACAUUGGUGAUUCAAUGGAUAACUUAAGUGACAGGUGCUCUUAGCCUCAUUUGUGCUUGCUAACAACUUGGUCAACUUCUACACGUCUUAACAUUUAUACACUCUCCAACUACCUAUACCAAUUAACUUGGUCAUAUUUAAUGGUUCGUUGAACACAAUCUAGUCAAAAAAUUUCAAAA